AUGAAGCGGAGAUUUCUCACAAGACAGAAGUCAAAUAAAAAUAAUAAUAAUAAAUUAAUGAUGUCUAACACAAGAGUCUUAAAUUUCUCAUCGACAACAACAUCAUCAAUGAAUAAAGCAUCGACUUUUAAGUCGACAGCAGUUGAAAGUAAAUUAUCAAAAAUGCCACCGCAUUCACAAACGAUAAAGACGACAUCGACAACGCCUCGAUUGACUAGAAAGCCCUGCAAUGAAAAUUCCAAAUCAUUUUUCAAUUCAACAACGUCAAAUGCGAAUAAUUUUUCACUCCUUAAAUCGCCCCAAUUGGUACGAACUAAAAACUGGAUUAAUAGUAAUAGUUGUAAAGUGAGUUCGGGAGGAAGUUCGACAUGUUCGGACGAGUCAAUUAUUCCAAAAUAUACCGAGCACUCUACAGCAACAAGCUAUAUCAAUACAUCACAGAAGCGUGCUUAUAAUUUCAACAAAAUAACGACCACGAAAAAGCUGUUAAAUAGCGCGAGAAAUACAGCAAUGGUGUUUGAGAGAGAUUUGAAAGUCUCAAGUGUGGCUGCUAAUAAAAUUAAUAAUGAAAAUCAUAAUAAUGUGAAAUUUUUAUCACGAAAUUGUGAGUUAAAUAAAAGUUUUAAAAGUAAUAGCAGCAAAAUUGUGCCAAAUAAGAUUUUCAAGCCCACAAUUCAAUCGUCAAAUUCCUCAUCAUCAUCGUCCUCAACUGCAUCGUCAUUGAAAUCAUUCUCAUCAAAAUAUCCCAAUGGAUUGCCAUUUGAGAAUGAAUUCUAUCAUUAUCGGAACAAUAAGACAACAAGUACAGCAUUUACAAGUCACAUCAAAAGCACGGCUGAGAAUAAUUUACGAAAGAUAAAUCGCCAUAACAUAUUGAAUAACAAUAUAAGAAUUAGUCGUUCUGUGGGCUCCGUAGCAUCAGACAAAUCCUCAUCAUCAUUAAGUAACAAUAGUCAAAAUGAUUUUCAUGAAUUGAAUGAUUCCGAUCAUAUGCAUAUCCGAUCAUCGCCAUAUUUUCCAACCUCAUAUGAUAGUGAUGUCAUGUAUGUUGAUUUUACCAUGAAAUCCGAUGACAAAUUGAAGCAAAUUACUAGUCAGCAGCGUAAUGGUUUACAUGCCAUUAAACGACCAACAUUGAGUGCUGUUAAAACGACUUAUUACAUAAAUGACAAAAAUGACAAUUGUUUUUGUGAAUUCGAAAGUAUUAAAGGCACAAAUGGCGCUAUCAAGAAGCUAAUUGACAGAAAACAAGAGCACAACAAUGAGAAAUUUGCAAAUGCAAUAGAUAAACGUAAUAAUAAAGAAUCUGUCGUCUACAUCGCUCUUGCAUGUUAUGACAUACCACAUCGUAAUGAGCGAUAUCAACGACGAAGUUUGGAGAAUGAUAAGAAGCUCUCUCGGCGACAUCGCAAGCAUCGUAACGAUACAAGGGAUCAGGAGGUGAUAGGAGGUAGUAUGAAGAAUAAUAAGGAUGGAGUUGGACAAAAAAAGCAGCAGCAGAAUGGUGUACCGAAAAAAAUUGUCAAGGUCAUCGAUCCACUAAACAGAGAAAUGAAUGGGAAAGGACCUCUAAAAUCACCACCCCCGCCAAUUGGCAAUAGCAAUAGUAACAGUGACUCAACAACGCCAGCUGAUUUUUUUAGCAAAAUGAAGAUAAUUGAAGAUGAGAGUUCAGCACAUGGAAUUAAAUUAACUGAUGUAGGAUUGCCACAUAUUUCAGUACAGACACUUGAAUGCAAAAAGAAUGAAAAGCCUCAGACGACGAUUAUAAUCUAUAAAUCGAAAAAUGGCACUCGUGCGCCAACUGCAAAAGUUAUCAUGACAAAGAAUCACUUUACAAAUACGCAUUCACAGUUACAACAAACAGAAAAUACAGCAACAAAUCCAAAUAAUAAUAAUAAUAAUAAUAAUAGUAAUAAUAAUUAUCAUACGGAAUCUACAGCAAUAAAUUUAAGUACGAACAUGACACCGACAAGUUACAGCGGCAGUGGGAAUGCAAAUAGUGCUUCCGCAACCGACAAAAUAAUAACAACAAUCGCUACUCCUUCUUCAUCAUCUUCAUUUAUCGACACGUCAAUCUUUACAGAAUCGGCAGAUACAGCUGAACUAUUGAAUAAUGCACUUGAGAAUGACUUAAUUGAUCUCACAUCGAAUGCAAUUACAAAAGUCUCAACAAAUGGGCCAGCUGAUGAUUUAUUUACAGCUGAUAUCGACUUUAUGAAUAAUUAUCUCAAAAGUCUUCCGGAUUAUAGUAAUGUGAGCAGCAAUAGUAAUAAUAAUGCCAUAAAUAAUAACUGUAAUAAUGUCCAACAAAUCCCAUCGACUGUAAAGCUACGCGAACAUCCGAACCCGAAGCCAUUUCAAAAUGUCUUCACAGAGACACACGUACCAUUGCAUAAUCCAGCUCCAUAUCAAAAGCAUGGAGUUAGUCAAAGUCCACAGUUGCAUAGGAAACCCAUGAGGAUACCGCUGUCCAAGUCAAACUCAAUUCAUACAAUCACAAAGCAAAAUAUGAAAAAUUUUGGCAACAUGCAGACAGCGAAUGUCAAUUGCCAUGAGAAAGAUUCAGCAUGUAUAGCUGAGGAUUUACAGAAUAAUAAUAGUAAUAAUAAUGUCAGUAGCAAUAAUAAUAAAAUAAGUCGUAGUACAUCAUCAAACUCGAUGAUUAAUGCAAAUGAUCCGAAUGUUGGCACUGUGAAGGAAGGCACAGAUUUUAUGGGAUUCAUGAGAAAACCGUCAUCAUUAAUGAAUAUUUUUAAGAAAUUGGGUGGCUCACAUAGCAACAGUUUUACGCCACAACAGCAGCAAGUAACAAGUCACGAUAAUUCGUCAAGUGAUUUAAAUAAAAGCAGCAAGACGCCAUCUGUCGAACCAAAGAAAUCAAUCAGUGAUUUUUGGCGAGAUAAUGUUUCAUCCACUAACCAACAUACGCCGAAGUUUGGAUGGAAUUAUCAUAAAAUUAUUCCACAGUUUAACCAUAAAAGUAGUCAGCCACAAAGUCAGCAACAGCAGCAGCCACAACAAGCUCAAAAUAGUACAAAACCUUUCCCUUCGCCUUCAUCUGCAAAGCGCAAAAUGAAUGUCACGAAUAAGAAAACAGAACCAGUUGCAAAUGUAUCAAAUUCCUCAUGUGUGGCUGCUGUUGCAUCAAGUCCAAUGCCGGCGACAACGUCAAAGCCGCAGCCAACAAAAUUGCGCGAUUCACAACCAAAAAAGGAAAACAUUUCGAUACAGGAAAGUCCAAAGCAAAGACAGCAAUUGAGCCAUGAUAAUCUGAAUAAAUCAUCAAAUUGUGAACAGCAGAGGCUAGAAUUCCAAAAACAUAAGUCAUUCUCAUUGACUGAUAAUCAUCAAGCAACAGCUAAUGGAAGUAGCAAUAAGUUUAAAGAGAAUAUAAAAUUAGCAAAAGAGGAAUUUUUUAAAGGUGGAAAUAAAGAUGCUAAUAGCACAAAAGAUAACAAUAGCUUUAAGCCGUCACAAGAAUUGAUAAAGUCAUCAUCAAAUUCUCACAUUUAUAUGAAUGAUCAAGACCCAAAUUAUUAUAAAAAUUUGCAUAAGAUUACAAAAUCAUUAAAUCACAACGUAACGAAUCUAAUAGUCAGCAAGCCACCAAAUCAGCAGCAACAGCAACAACCACAAGUGGCUAAUACAUCAAAUCAAUCAAUUCCAUUGCAUAAAAGCGUAUCUAAUUCGUCCGUACCAAAUUAUUUGGCACAUCAUCAUCAUCACCAUCAUCCACAUAAUUUCCAUCAUCAUCCACACCAUCCACAACAAGUUUUCUUUCCACCUCCUGGACAAGCAAAUUUUCAACCAUCAUCAGCACCGGUUCAUGCUCCGGCUUUUAUAUAUCCAGCAUAUCCAUCGACACAUGAUAUGCAAAUGAUUCAAAAAUCAAAUAUUCCAAUAUGCUAUAAAUAUUCUCUUAAUAAGAGUUCAUCGAAUUCAUCAAUGGGCCCAGCUACAUUCGGUUUCUAUAGUCUUAAUGAGAAACCGGCUUUUACGACACCAACGGGUGUUCCUGUAUUGUGGCCUCAACCGACACAACCAAAUCAACAGCCACAACAUCAUCACCAAUCUCACAUUAAUAAAAGUUCAUCGAGUUCAUGCAUAUAUGCGAAGACAUUAAGUCAACCAGCACACCUAUCGAAAAAUAAUGGGAUAUUCUCAAGAUACAAGCCAAUCCUUUCAGACGAUGAUGAUAAUGAUUCGGACAUAAGUGAUGAUGAUAUAAGUAAGCACAGUAAUGCAUCGUAUGUGAAUAAUGUUCCAGCACCUCCGCCAUUUAACCGAAAGAAUUCUAUGCCUAAUUCGAUAAUGACGGUUGCGAAUAGCAGCAGCAACAAUAGUAUAAAUAAUUUCACUCCAUUUACUAAAAUCAGCACGAUACAGAUUCCAAUAAAUGGACAAUUACCGCCACCAUUUAAGACAAAAAAUGCAGCAUUGGCAAUGGAAAGACAGGAAGAUCAUCAACAGCCAUUAAAUACGGUAGAUAAUGGCAAUGCCGUACAGAAAAAUGUAAUUACAGAAAAUGAUCAUCAUAAGAAUGAAAUACAAUCCUUGCCAUCUUCAACCGUGCCAUCAUGUACUCCACAAAGUCAAAUACACUCACAGUCAACUAUUGCUGCUGCCGUAAUUCAAGCUAAUAAUAUUUUCUAUAAUCUUAUGUCAAACCCGUUGACCGCGACACAAAAUGCAAUUGCCAUUAAUAAUCAACAGCAAUUGCAACAACAACAACAAAACCAAGAUGGUCACCCGCAUAGUGCUGGAACAUUUUCGAGUGUAGGCGUGAUCGGUGGAGAGCAAAUUUAUACUCCUUAUACGAAAUAUUUAUCAGACAGAAAAUAUUUUGCCGAUUUGAAUGUAUGUGGCGAGAGUAAUGUACAGUCAGGCACAACAACAACAUCAACGCCAUCGAUCGAGCAGCAGAGGCGUAAUUCUGGUACAUCGACAUGUACUAAUAAAUCAAAAAUUCCAAUGUAUAUUGAGAAUAAAUCGAAGCAAAUUAAAGAACAACAACAUGUACCACCAGCUGUUAUCAACUCAAACAAUUUACAUACACAACAAAAUCAAGAGCAGCAGCAGCUAAUGAAUAGAAUUAAGAAGGAGGACAAUGAAAUUGAUAUAUUAAGUGCAUUCGAUCCUUUUUACGUGCCAACGACAGAACAAAAUAAUUCAUCGACAACCAGCAAUAAACUUCAUCAACUGCUAUCGACUGUGGCCAAUGAGCAAUGGACUGACUAUAAAAAAUGUGAUGCAUAUGGCAGUGAUCAUCAAUUCUCGACAGAAACUGCAGAGGUAGUUUCAUUAUUAUGUAUUGCUGGACAGGGGUGUAUCCUAGGGAUCUCAGAGGGUGGCGAGUCGAUAUUGGUAGCUCUAAGUUUAGGUAAUGUUUGGUACCUCAAGUUGCUUUUGUUAAUUAAAAGCCCUCAAAAUAUGCCCUGA